GGAAGGGAAGCGCUUGCUCAAGCUGGGUCUACCCCCAGUUCGGUAGCCUAUGCUGCCUAUCUUGCGAACAAUGGUCAAUGGGGUUCAUACAGUUGACGUCAGCUCAAAGACAUUGCUCGCCCUUGUCCCUUCGGACAAAAUACCUAUGCAACCAUUGAACCGAACAUUGAUCGAAGGGCGCCUUUGUGCCCAAGGCUCUAUUUGGGAAAAGCCCGACAAUUUAAACCACAUCGGAGCCUCCGAGUCCGAGGAUCGAAGAUCCGAAAUCGUUUUGUUCGACCGAGACAAUUUCUACUGCUCGCUAUCAGCUCAGUGUGCACUGUGGCACGCGUGAAAGCUUGUAGAACUUGUCACGGCGAUACCCUCAUGGCUGCACACUGGGCUCGCGAUCCCGUCACGGGCUAUUAUCAGGCCAUGUUGAGCCAAUCGGGCGGUCAUGGCCACCACUUCAGGCAAGGGGUUCACGGUGUACUCAGAGAUGUCUAUUGCGACCCAUGCCUCCAGGUUAUGGACAAUAUGCACGCGCAACUUGACGAGGCUAUCGAGUCGUUGGAAAACUUGACGCUCGAUGAGACAGAGGUAUGGGAAGACCCCCCAAUGCCCAAUCUCACGGUAGGUGAGAUCACCGAUCCCGCGGUAGGUACAGAAGCCCGCUACACCUUGCAGUGGGAACAGUGGCUGAAGUCACCGAAGGUAGGUGUAUACACCCCGGCCAUAACGCCUCACGCUCAGACGCCAUGGUGGGGGAAUAACCGCACCCACUACGGACUGUUGCAGCCUCAAGAACAAGCCCGGCUAGAACGCCCAGCAUUUGCCGCCCAGUUUGCCAGGGAUGGUACGUAUCCCCCAGGGAGAUCACGGUUUGCCCAACAGGUAAGAAGCCCUCGCCCGCGCUCUCCUUUGCCGAUGUCCAGACCGGUUCGUUACGCUCGAAGUUGUUCUCAAGACAUCUACGAUGACCCGGAGUAUGAACCAGAGUUCUGGGCAAGGAACCUUCGCCCUGGAAACAUCUGGACAGAUCCUCCCCGGUUCCCGGUUCGGGAUCAAGAUAAUGUCUCACCUCGAACUGUACUAGAGCCCCAAGCUCACAACUGGAAUAGGGGCGUAUCGCAAAUUGGCAGAAGCGGCCAGUCAUUCUACCAGCCCGUCUACCAGGCCGUCUCUGGGAGAAGGGAGAACCUCAACAGCCUGAUGAAUUGGGAUCAGUACCAGAGCACCCCAUACUUUCUGUAUUACUAACAUAAGGUAGUCAUGUCCUAAACAGUAGAUUGCUCAGUGAGAAGGUAGUGGAAGAAUCGAGUCCGAAUCCCCGCCAUAGAACCCCUAACCUCUCCAUCUAAUCUGAAUCCCGGUACCUUAACAUUUCAUAAUACAUGCAGCUCAAUGUCAUUGGAAUUACUAACCACCUCUCCUCGCUCCUCUUGUGGUUGGUGAAAUGUGAACUUACAGAUGUCGAGUCGUCUAGAUUG